AUGGAGUUUUUACAAUUUAAUUUAAAAAAUGCACGUAUUCUUGGAUAUUGGCAUCCCAACGAUAAUAAAUUCUACAAACUCUAUACAUAUAUCCAAAUGGGUUUUAUGUUGAUUUUUGGAUUAUCACAAAUUGUUUACAUGUUGCUUCACGAAGUACCAUUUGUGGAAUUUGUUCGUAUGAUCCACGUUAUAUUUUUACCAUUUUUGACAAUGUACAAGCUCACAAUUUGGAUGCGAUAUGAGAAACGAAUCCGUGGAAUGUUAAAUUUUAUGAAAGUGGAAAAAUUUAAUGAAACUGAUCCAACUAUUUUGGAUGCCCAUAAAGUAGCAUUAUAUUAUUCGAUAUUCAUUAUUGGAUAUCCAUAUUUAUCAGUGCUUGUUACAUUUGGACCAGUUAUCCAAAUAAUUAUGCAAAACGGUUCGUAUGAGAAUAUUAAUUUACCAUUUAAAACAUGGUUACCGUUUGAUAUGUAUCAAUCUGGUUGGAAGUUUGGAUUAGGAAUGUUUCAUCAAGCGCAUGCUUAUUGGAAUUGUUGGGCUUGUUUGACAAUUGUGCAUUCAUCGACUUUGAGUAUGGUGAUUAAAAUUAAUGCACAUUUUAAAUUGCUUGGAGAUGAGAUUGCCUUACUUGAUGUACAUGAAAAGGAUGCUGAAGAAAAAUUUGAUCAUUAUUUACAAGAGUAUCACAAUAUUUAUUCAGUUGCAAGAUUGAUAGCAGAUUUAAAUUCUUGGCAAUGGAUUGGACAACUUGGUCCACAGGCAUAUUCUUUAUGUGCAGCACUAAUUCUUGUAGCACGCUUGCCUCUUAGCGAAUCCGGAAGUGAUAUUUUCUUAGCGAUGUCUGCAUUAUUUGAUCUAUUCAUGUAUUGCUUUUACGGAGAAGAAAUAUUCUUCCAAUCAAAUCGUGUUUCGAUUAAAUUGGGUGAGAUAGACUGGUAUGAUGGUUCAAAAAGAUUCCGCCAAAAAUUUCUUACAAGUUUAUCUGUCUUUGCCCCUGGCAUUACAUUUAAAAUUGGCGGAUUUUUUAUUUUGCGUCUAGAUAGUUUUAUCCAGAUUAUAAGAUUUGCAUAUUCUAUGUACACGGUUAUGAGUACCUUUUAA